AUGAAUCACGUACCUUCUGAUCAGAGCUUUUACAUUGAGAGCGAGGAUGAAGAUGACAGGAAAGAUUACGUAGAAGAAGAAGAAGAAGAAGAUGGGCAUAGCCAUUCUGAUUCCUCUGAUGAUGAACAUCACACGCAGUAUAAGCCUAACUCAUACACUACGGCUUGGCCACAGAGUUACAGGCAAUCGAUUGAUCUCUACAGUAGUGUACCGUCUCCGAGUAUCGGUUUUCUUGGAAACAACUCGAUGACGAGAUUUGGAAGCUCUUUCUUGUCUUCUUCGCUGAUAAGAAGACACACUCCUGAAUCUUUACCUACUGUUACAAAGCCUCUGCUCGAAGCAGAAGAACAAGAACCACCACCACCUAAACGCAGACUUAGCUCUCAUGGCUUGCUCCCUCCUGUUCCUUCCAGGAGAAGUUCUAUGCGAAAGGACGAGAGAGUGUCUCAUGAAGUUCCAAUGUCCCGCAACAGUUCAUACGGACAAGCUGUCAUGAAUGGAUUGAACGUUCUAUGUGGAGUUGGGAUACUUUCAACGCCUUAUGCUGCUAAGGAAGGAGGAUGGUUAGGAUUAGGGAUACUGUUUAUAUAUGGUCUUCUUUCUUUCUACACUGGAAUCCUCCUGCGUUACUGCCUUGAUAGUGAGGCUGACCUCGAGACUUAUCCUGAUAUUGGCCAAGCUGCGUUUGGUACCACUGGUCGUAUCUUUGUCUCGAUUGUACUCUACUUGGAGCUAUAUGCGUGCUGUGUGGAAUAUAUAAUAUUGGAGAGUGAUAACUUGUCUUCAUUAUAUCCAAAUGCUGGUUUAAGUAUUGGAGGAUUUGAGUUAAAUGCACGGCAUCUAUUUGCAUUGCUAACCACCAUAGCUGUUCUCCCCACCGUUUGGCUCAGAGAUCUCAGCCUGUUGAGUUAUAUCUCAGCUGGAGGGGUGAUUGCAUCGGUGCUAGUGGUUUUAAGUUUGUUUUGGAUUGGUUUGGUAGAUGAAGUUGGAAUCCACAGCAAAGGAACUACACUGAACUUGUCAACUUUACCUGUAGCUAUAGGGCUAUACGGUUACUGCUAUUCAGGACAUGCUGUUUUCCCCAAUAUUUAUACUUCUAUGGCCAAUCCAAAUCAAUACCCUUCUGCUCUCUUGACAUGCUUUACUAUUUGUACUCUGAUGUAUGCUGGUGUUGCUAUUAUGGGUUAUACAAUGUUUGGAGAAGCAACAGAAUCACAGUUUACUCUUAACUUGCCUCAAGAUUUGGUUGCAACUAAGAUAGCUGUGUGGACUACUGUAAAAAGCACAUAUGCUUUAACCUUAUCUCCAGUAGCGCUGAGUCUUGAGGAAUUGAUACCAUCAAGGCAUAACAAGUCACAUUGGUACGCCAUUGGCAUUAGAACCGCAUUGGUCUUCUCUACUCUGCUUGUUGGUCUUGCAAUUCCCUUCUUUGGUCUUGUCAUGUCAUUGAUUGGAUCUUUGUUGACAAUGCUUGUCACACUAAUACUUCCACCGGCUUGUUUCUUGAGCAUAGUACGGAGAAAAGUUACGAGGACACAGAUGAUGUUGUGUGUCUUAAUCAUCGUAGUAGGAGCAAUAUCUUCUGUUGUUGGCUCGUAUUCAGCUCUCUCUAAGAUCAUUGAGAAACUAAGCAGCUGAACAUAGUCUCUAAUUACAAACUCUUAUACCCAUUUUUGUGUUUCUUUUGUUUUCAUAUAGCAAAACUCAUUCUUGCAUACACAUCUUUAGAAUUUGGUUUGAAACAAAUACAUUAAUGAUGUAUUUGAUUAAUAAAAGAUUGGCCACUUCAAAAUUAAAGGAACAUAUUGAAGAGGUUUCUAUUUGUACAAUCUUUUUUUUUUGCUUAGCCAUCAAAAUCCAAAUCCAAAUCUUUCUCUACAAUACCAUCAUUUGAAAACCUGCAACUAGUCCUUCUACUCUUGAGAAUCAACUCCGAACUCUUCAUCAACUGAAUAUACUUCUUCCUCACAGCCAACACAGGAUGUGGCUCCACACUAUCUUUAUCUCUAUAAGGCUCUCUAAGAAUAGCUGUACAAGUCUUGUUCUUCAUAGACAAGUAAAAGAUGUGCGGAUGCCUCUCAAAGGCCUUGUGAACCUUCUGAGGCAACCCAAACCACUUCUUGAGGCACAAAAGCUUCUUCCUCUCAGCUGAAUGAUCCACAAAGAGGCAGAGCAGUUCAUGAAGAAACCCAACAACUCUCUUCUCAGCUACAUCACUGCUCGGAUCCAAACGAGAGUAAUCAUCGUACGGUGAUACGUAAGGAAGCCGUUGAAACCCCUUUAACCAGUCUUCGAUUUUGACUCUCAAUCUACAACCUUUCGAUGGAAACAGAGGAAACUCUGUUUCAGAACAGAGCACUCCUCUGUUCUUGAUCGUGUUCCUCUGUAAGAAAGACAGAACCUUUUCUCCAUCACUACACACCACAGAUAAACCCUUUACACCAUCUUCCAAAUCAACAAACCUGAACGAAGAAUCAAGACUCAUCAAGUAAUCAUCACUCAAACCAAGAUACCAUUUCAUCCCUUGAACAAUACUCAAGGGCAAGACAUUAUCUUUACUCAUCAGAAUCAACUUCCUCAACCGACCAUUCAAAUCAUCAGCCGAGUCUUGAUAAACACGCCUCUCAACCCUAUCGAGCUCUGCGGCUUCUGGCGUCAACCUAAACCAGGGGAGGUUGUGCUCUGGGCCAACGAACUCCUCGAAGAUUGAAGGAAACUGCCGUAAGAACUUUGUGACUUUGGAUGAUAGGUCGAAUUGGUGAGUCUUCUUGGAGAUGGAGGAGAUUGGGAUGGAGUUGUUGGGGUCGUUGGUGAUACAGUUCUUGAGAGCGAUGACGGAUUUGAGCUGAGGGGAACGGAGGAUGUGUUCGAUGUUGUCAAAGUAAUGAUCUUUCUUCCAUUUCAUGUAGACAUCGACGUAGGUACGGGUCUGUGUGGAGGAGGAGGAGGAAGGUAGGGUUUUGAGAGUUUGGGCACGGCGGCUGAGGAAGAGCAUCGUGUAAGGAGGUGGCUUGUACAAUGUGUUAAAC